AUGGUUGUUCUCUCUGAACUUUUUGAAGGAUCUUCAUCUUCUUCAUCAACUCAUGGUCAUAUAUAUGACGUAUUCUUAAGUUUUAGAGGCCUUGACACUCGUAAUAAUUUUACUGCAUACCUUCGUAAAGCCCUUAUGGAUGCCAAUAUAACUACCUUCUUGGAUGGUGAAGAGAUUGAAACCGGGGAAGAUCUGAAACCGGAAUUGGAGAGUGCGAUCAAAGCAUCUAGGGCUUCUGUUAUCGUGUUAUCUAAGAAUUAUGCUUCUUCCACAUGGUGUCUUGAUGAAUUGGUGCUGAUCCUUGAGCAACGUAUGAAAUUCAAUCAUGUUGUAAUCCCUAUUUUUUAUCAUGUUGAGCCCACCGAUGUCAGGAAGCAACAAAGUAGUUUCGGAGAUGCAAUGGCUAAGCAUAGACAGACAAUGGAGUUGGAGACAAAUGCAAAUAAAAGAAGUAAAUGGGCUCAAAAGAUGGACCGAUGGAAGAAAGCGCUUACAGAAGUUGCUGACAUAAAAGGGAAGGACGUAAAUGGCAGGAUAGAGCCGGAGGUUAUUGAAGAAAUUGUUAAGGAUGUUUAUCAUAGAUUACGUGUACCCUUAAAGAGUCCUCUACCACUACUUAUUGGGAUGGAGUCUUCAGUUAAAUUCAUCACUUCAUGGUUGAAAGAUGCAUCCUCACAUACAGUAAAUAUACUCACUAUUUUGGGUAUGGGCGGAAUUGGGAAGACAUCUUUAGCCAAAUAUGUGUAUGGGUUACAUUGUCGUGAAUUCCACACAAGUAGCUAUAUUGGGGAUAUUAGUAGGAGAUGUGAUGAAAAAUUUAGUGGGUUGCUUGAUUUACAAAAACAACUCUAUGAUAACAUUUCAAAAACAACAUCAAUUCAAGUUCAUGAUGUUUCUACAUACACCUCAAAGAUAGAGAAUUUAGUAGCUCGUAAAAAGGUGCUUCUAGUUCUUGAUGAUGUUGAUAGUCUCACUCAGUUGGAUGCAUUACUUGGAAGCAAAGGUUUUCAUCCAGGAAGCAUAGUUAUAGUAACAACAAAGGAUGCAUGGUUGACAGAGAGUUGUGCACUAUUCAAAACGAACCUUAAACUCAAACAUAAAAAGCACGUGCUUAAAGGCUUAUCUCAGAUUGAUUCACAAAAACUUUUGUGUUUUCAUGCGUUCAUGUCCAACAAUCCCAAUGAAGGGUAUGAAGAGGUGUCAGAAAACUUUGUGAUGUAUUGUGAAGGACACCCAUUGGCUCUUGAAAUUUUGGGCAAGUCUCUACAUAAUCGGGAUCUAGCUUACUGGGAAGAUCGAAUAAAACGGCUAAACAAAGAAACUGGUUCCCCUAUAAAUAAUGUCUUGAGAAUGAGCUUUGACUCUUUGCCAUUAGAAAAUGAUAAAGAAUUGUUCAAGCAUAUUGCAUGUUUUUUUGUUGGAAUAGAUAGAGAUGUUGCUGAAACAAUAUUAAAAGCAUGUGAUAUAGACACUAGAUCUGGGAUCACGAAUCUCAUUGAUAACUGCCUUCUUAGUAUUGGAUGGAAUAACGAAUUGAUGAUGCAUCAAUUGCUUCAAAAGAUGGGAAGGUCCAUAGUACAUGAAGAAUCACCAGAUAAGCCAUGGAAGCGAAGUCGAUUAUGGUGUCACGCUGAGUCAUUCAAAGUGUUAAAACAAAAAAAGGGUAAAGGAAAUCUUCUAGGCCUUGCCCUUGACAUGCAAAUGCUUGAGAAAGAAAAGUUGCGUGUAUCAAUGGAGGUGAAAACAAAUGCAUUGAGUGACAUGGAUAAUCUAAUGCUACUACAACUCAAUUAUGUACGACUUAUUGGGUCUUAUGAGAACUUUCCAGAAGAACUAAGAUGGUUGUGUAUGCAUGGAUUCCCUUUAAAGACUAUACCUUUAGACUUACCAAUGGAGAAUCUCGUUGCUCUUGACUUGUCUUAUAGCAAUAUUGAAUCAUUUGGCAUUUGUUAUAGUAAUUCACAUCAACAUGAUAGUAGUCAAAAGCAAUUGAUUGGAUCAUGCUCAAAAAAUAAAAGGUUGCUUGGAUCAUUGAAGAUUCUAAAUUUAAGUUUCUGUGAACAACUUCGUAGUCUGAGUGCCUUUGACGAACUCUAUGCACUUGAGAGGUUAAUAGUUAGAAAUUGCUCUAAUUUACUUGAGGUUUCUGACUCAAUUGAGCAAUGUUUUGAACUAAUCCUCAUUGAUCUGAGCUAUUGCAUCAAGCUUGAAAAACUUCCAAGAAGCUUAGGAAUGUUAAAGAAAGUUAAAACACUAUUGCUAAAGGGAUGUAAUCUUGGCGAACCCCAAAUAGAUACUAGAGACAUGUAUUCAAUGGAAAAGCUCAAGACUAACAACAUUGACAUAAGCACAUUAACCUCUUCCUCUUCUGUUCUUGAGGCUAUACCAAGGGACUUGAAGUUCUUUGCAGUUUCUUUACCUAGAUCUUUAGUAAGCUUGUCACUUGAAAAUAACAAUUUGUCCACCGAAUCCUUUCCCAUGGACUUUAGUUGCCUAUCCAUGUUAGAGGAAUUAUAUCUAGAUGAAAAUCCUAUAGUUUCCCUGCCCAAUUGUGUGAGAAACCUUCCUAGGCUUCAGAUACUUAGCAUGCAAAACUGUAAUUCGCUGACAUCAAUCGAGCAUCCUCCACAUACACUAAAAGAGUUGAUCCUCUUUUCUGAUUAUAAGCCUUUGCUACAAAAAGUACUAUUUGAUCCAAAAAUGUCCGCACUCAAGUUUUUAAUAGAGUGGAAGAUGUUUGCAACUUCAUCGUUUGAAAUUGAAGGGAUGAUCAAAAUCCAACCAAUGGCAGGAGUUGAGGAAAAGGUAAUAAGUAGUUUGAGCUGGACUAAUCUAGAGUUCCUCAAUGAAAGACGUGUGGCAACUUCUACACGUGAUAGAGGAUAUGAAGAAUCUGAAAUCCAGAUGUAUUAUGAAUUUGGAAUAUUCAGCACAAUUUUUGGAGGCGAAGAGAUGCCAAAUUGGAUUACAGAUAUAAGCAUGGGGCCAUCAGUAUCAUUUUUCAUCCCUUCAUCUCCUAACAAGCUAAGGGGAUUUAAUUUCUGCUAUGUUCUGGCAUCUCGAUUUCUCAAUGAGAGGCAUGAAUUUGUAGAUGAAAAGUUCCUUUAUUUGCCAAUGAUUAUGAUUAGAAAUAAAACAAAGAGCCAGACCUGGAUAUACGAACAUUACAUUGGAAGAGUUAGUGUUGCUAGAAAGUGUUUUACUUUGUUAAGCCAUUGGAUGUUUGGGUGGAAUGAAAUGGAAGGUGGUGAUCACAUUACUAUUACUGUGAGGGACAACCCAUUUCAUGUUGGUAAGCAAGUUACAAAGGAGUGUGGGGUGAGUCUUGUGUAUGAUGAUAGUGAAGAAGAGGAUGCAUUGAGUUAUUACAAAUCAUGGAAUCACAUCAUUGGUGGAGAUCUCACUCCAUUUCAGACGACGUCCGCUUUAAUGGAAAGAACUUCGGCUUUAGAGCUUUAUCCCAGAAGUAGUCCGAAAUACUUGGUCAUGCAUGGGAGGAUAUAACAAGAUAAAAGGAGUUGUAACCUUGCAAUGGAUACUUGGAAAUGGCAACAUCAAAACCUAAGGAUAAACUGCAAAUUUGGUCCAUGUGGUUUGCAAAACGCUGUAGACCAAAACCCAUGGCUUUCAACAAUGCUGCUCUGUUUUUAUGGAAACAUGGCUGUUGUGGGAACGUCCUGGACAUCUCUCAACUGUGGAUUCUAAAUGCGGGUUUAUUGGUCGUAUCAAUCCAAUAAUAUGUUAAAGAUAAACUGAUAUAAUACUUGAGUUGAUGAGAACAAUCAACAUGCAUGAGGUGUCUUUGGGGAAUUGUGAGAUGAAGCAAUAAAAUUGAAGUUGUAUUUGGUUACAACCUGAGUGUUGUUCCUAGUUUUUAUGUUCUUUUAGAAUUAGGAAAUGGAUGUUAGGGUUUAGUUUUUUUGAAAAAAAACCCUAAAUUAUGUUUUUUGUUGUUGAAUUAGGGUUUGAUUUUUGUAAAAUGAUUUGAAAGGUGUAAUGAUUUGGUAACAUAUUUUAAUGUCAACCAUUGUCUCAUACUGUU